CAAAUGAUAUUGAUCUAAUCUAGAUCUAUAAUUCUGAAAUUCAGCUAGAAAACUUGUGGAUGGUUGGAGAUGCAGAAGAUGUAUUCAGAUGUAGUCUUUUAUGCGUCUUGCCACUAGGUCGCUAGACUAUCUGAUAAAGCUGGCCUCUCCACAAACUUAAAUAACAUUCAACAUUUUCUUCGCCUUCUUCCUUCGUGUCGCCCAAGGACCCCAGACAUAUGCUUGAAACUAGUAGACCCUAACACCACUAAGCUAAGUCAUUCAUCUAACGACUUUCAAAUUCUAGCACUGGAGACCAUUAAUGCCUUCAAGCCCAGUGCCAUUUUUGCAUCAAUAGAUUCUGGAAGAGCAGGCUAUGGAGCCUACAUCAAGUUUCUUGGCUCUGACUCAGUCAAAAUAUUUGGACCAUGUGGUAGUGUUUGCAGUUUUGAUGUGCAGAGACCUUAAAAGUCAUUGACUCUCAACUCGGCGAAGGACAUUUGAGGGCAACACAGAUUUUAGUGGUCACUGACUCAAAACCUAUAGAUAGAUACUACUUGCAAAGCCCUGGAUCAUGGCCUCCCAAUAUCAAUACUAUCAUCAUAAAGCAAUGCUAUGGCACUCCUGUAAUAAUGCAGUGGGUACUGAGUCACAUAGGUGUGACUGGCAACACCAUUGCAGACUCCUUGGCCUACCAUGGAGGGCAAACACCACCCACAGAGCAGUCUGUGAGUUUUCAUCAUGCUCUAGCUAUAAUCCUAAAAAUAGAAAUGGAAAGUGGUUUGAGUGGUGAAACAAGUCCCAAAAGGCCCGUGGAGUCUGGGAGCACAUGAGGUGCCCUGACCGCACUUCCCCAUGGUGUAGGCUAUCUAGGCCUGAGCAAGCACAGUGCAGGACAGGACAUUGUCCUGUUGGCUCUAUUUCUCACGGUUAUGGCUGAAUUUUAACUCACGGUGCCCUGUUGUAGGAAGAAGAGAAAAACAAUGUCUCAUAUUCUUUUUGACUGCCCCAGACUUGCUGGUUUCUGUCUCGACAGGUCUGGAAAACCAAAAAUUCUCAACCUGUAUGGUGACAUUUAUGCACUAUGCAAAACACCAGGGCUUUUGCAAAUCAAAUGGAUUUUGAUGUUGAUGAUGAUGAUGAUAUAGAUAGAUCAAGAUAAAGGAGUCUUAGUAUUAUUUGUGUUCUUUUCAGUGAUUAAAUGAAACGUAAUGAUAAAUAGAUCUUUAUCUAAACAUUAUUUAAUUACAAAUGUAGGCUUUUAUUGGAAUGAUAAAGCUAGCAGCUACAAUCUUACAUUUUCUGUUCAUCGACUAUAAUGAAAAUUUUGCUAUAAAUAAUAAAUGAAUGUAUAUGACAUGUACAUUGAUUUUAAUGAAUGCUUCUUAAAUUUAAAGGUUAAUUUACACAUAAAAAAGAAAGAAUUUUUGGACUUACUAUAAUUAAGCAGAAAAAAAAGUAAGUUGAGGAAAAAUAACACUGUCAAUAUUAGAAUGAAAAUAGGGCUUGAUGAAUCUGGUCAAGUAAUAACUGAGCCAUUAGACAGUCUGAGUGAGCUCUUGCAAUGGAAUCCAGAGAACUUCUCUUUUAACAAGUCAGUAAUACAAAAACAAGUUCAGAUGGUUGCUAAUAAUGAUUCAUUGAGGAAAGGACUAGAACCAUCUACUCGGCCUCAGGUGUUGGUGUGUCAUGAUAUGUGUGGUGGAUACUUAGAUGACAGAUUUUGCCAGGGUUCCAGUUCAGUUUCCCCUUACUGCUUCUACCAUUGGCAGCUGAUUGACAGCUUUGUUUAUUUUAGUCAUCACUUCAUCACCAUUCCUCCAGUUGGCUGGAUUCAAGCAGCUCACAAGCAUGGUGUGGACAUCUUAGGUACUAUCAUUACUGAAUGGGAGACUGGAUCCAGUAUAUGUCAAGAGAUGCUACAGUCUACCUCAGUCAUUGACAGAGUCACCACCAAACUUGCACAGAUGGCACUAGCAUAUGGAUUCAAUGGUUGGCUAAUAAAUAUAGAGAAUAAAAUAGAGAUCGACCACAUACCAGGACUGCAAUACUUUGUACAUGAACUGACUUUAAAGUGUCGAGCAAUGCUAGAUGCUCCAAAAGUACUCUGGUAUGACAGUGUUAUCAACACUGGUGAACUCAAAUGGCAAAAUGAAUUGAAUGCACUCAAUGAAAUGUUCUUUCAAGUUUGUGAUGGGAUAUUUCUGAACUACUGCAUCUCCAAUGAUCAUUUAUCUCACUCGAAGAUGAUGGCAGCAUCCUAUGGGCGCCAGUUUGAUGUUUAUGUUGGUGUAGAUGCCUUUGGUAGAGGGACACCUGGUGGUGGCGGCUUUAAUUGCAGGGAGGUGAUGGAGAUGAUACAAACUCAUGGUUUGUCGUGUGCUUUGUUUGCUCCUGGCUGGACGUAUGAAAAACAUCCCAAAGAACACUUUGAUGUUCAGGAAGUUAUGUUUUGGGGACUACUCAAUGAUAGAAUGUCAACAAGAACAGUCAAAGUUCCAUUUUCUACUUCCUUCUGUCGUGGAUAUGGAAACCAGUAUUUUUUAGAAGGGCAGAGCUUGAGUGAGAGUCCCUGGUACAACCUCUGUGUACAACAGAUUCAGCCAUCAUUCACACAGAGCCAGUUCUACAGGUACACUCUAGCAAAAACUGUGAGACAAGUCACAGAGAAAACUGGAGAAGCCAAAGAGGAAAUAGAUGUGAAGGUACACUCUGAAGUACAGCAUCCAGCAAACCCAAGUAUGGACUUUGAUGUAAGCUGUGGAUAUAUAGGAGGUGGAUGUCUGAAGUUGUUUGCUGAGAGAAUUCAGUCCCAAGCUGUGUGCUUCAAAUUAUUUAAACUUGACUCAGAUUACUUCAAAUCUCUGGAGAUUUCUGUUGUUUGGAAAGCUUCUUGUAUUGAUGACUUUAGUUUUGCACUGGCACUGACAUCCGCUGAUGAAGAAAAAAUUCGCCCCAUCUUUACUCUCCUAGAGACUACAAGCUUGUCAGACAAGCAGCGCAAAGAUAUGAGCCUACAAUUGUGUGAAGUUGAUCCAUCGAUAUGUGUGCAGACUAUUAGGCAGAUGGAAGAAACAAACCUCAAAAAUGGAUUUACGAAAAGUACUUUCCUUGUGAGCAGUUCAAAGUUUAUAGAAGCUGGAUACAAAGACAAUUUGUUUAUUCUAUCUGCUAUACUUGUUCCUUGUGAUAAUGUUGGAGCCUUGAAUUCUUGCAUGACUGUACAUAUAGGGCACAUCACAGUUCAUGAAUAUCACACAGCUUUGUUUCCCCGGCCAUCUUUAAAUAAUAUGUUGUGCUGGACUCUGAAAGCUGACCUGCCUUUGUCUAUAGAUGACAUGCACAAAAUUUUGAUCAAUCCAUAUCUCAAUAUCAACCUGCAGAACACAAAAACGCCCCCUUCCACUGAGGAAUCCUCCAUCUCUUUCAACACUGACUCUGUCAGUAAGUCUCAAGGCAGCAUAAGUGUGAGCUCAUUUAGUGCUCAAAAUUGUGACAUUGUUUCCUCCCUCCAGUCAGCCUUGUCUCAAAGCAGCUCAGAACUCAGCAAUCCCAUUUACAUCUUGAAAUGGAGCUACUCUAGUUCUAUGAACAUAGAUUAUAUUCUGGUAUCCAGUUAUGACCAGUCUGGUCAAAGAAAACUACUAGGUCAGACAGUGGGGGAAAAGUUUGUCUAUGUUCCCUCUAAUGAUGAUAACAAACUUGUCUCAUUUUCUAUACAGCCAAUUUUUCCCUUUGCAAAUAGUAUUGGUGAUGAACAAUUUUACAAACUCUGAUAAUAGAAUACCACUUUUAAGAAAACAUCAAUUUUUAGUUAUAAUUUCUAUCUAACAAAUCAACUGCAAACUUUUGACCAAGAUGAAAUUGUCAUUUGAAAUUAUUUUUUUCUUCCACAAUUUAUGGUUUUGUAGGGCAGAUUUCAUGUUCAACAAGUUUACUUCUCAAAUGGGAGUCAAAUCCUAGCUGCUUGUUGAACAGACUUUUUUUUAUUACCACUAGACACAUUUAGUGUUUCUAGCUGUCAAGCUGCUAUUUGUGACAUUUUUAUAGUGUACAAACACAUUAGGAUGUGAUUAUUAUCUCAAGUUUAUAUAAGUUAUUGAAAAGACCAGAUGGCUGAUUUAUUUCUCAUAUGUAUUGUUUUUUGCCUUUGCAUUUUAACAAAAUAUUUAAGUUCAUAAAAGCUUUUCUAGUGUAAAGAAAAUUUAAAUGAUUUUAAUGUUCUACUGAGUUGUUUUUUUUUUGGAAUGCUUUCUUUACUAGUACUUUUUGGAAGAUCUUCAAAUAGUCUAUCAACAAUAAAAUGUAGUCAUUUGGAAGUGACUAAAAUUUAUUUUUUUAAUUAUGUUCAGGCUAUAAAUUAUGCCAAUAGUAAUGCUUAUUACCGACAGAUUUAAAAAGUCAAUGAAUGUGGGUUGAUAAAAUAGCCUUCUAAUUACUCCUCAGUCUAUCCACUAGUCAUAAGUACUCAAAGUUCUCGUAGAAUUUUAGUCAUGUUUUCUGUCCCAGAUUGAAUAUUUGAUUCAUAUUAAAUGAAUUUCACUUGAGCUAACAUUUGUUUACAUGUGUAUAUCAAGUUGUUAUGUCAGACAUUUUGCAUGUAAAAGUUGUUCUAAUGGCUAUGAGUCAGACAUUUGAAAUUUAAAAGACAAACUGUUUAUAUGGCUAUUGGACAGUCAUAUCAAGUUCUUUAUGUACCAGUAAUAAAAAUGUUAAUCUAA